AGUUAUAGUUUUCACAAAGUUACCGUUUCACAAAGUCCAGAAGUUUCGAUCCGACGCUGAGAUUUAACUCGAGAAAACGUAUGCCUAACCGUCUGGGCAUAUUUAUGAAAGGCUAUAACUCUCUCCAACUCCUUCCACUGUCCCCACCAACUGCUCUCACUGCUUCCACCCGCUGCUCCUCGCACCUGUACCCGCACCGACUCGCACCCGCACCCGCAGCCGCACCCACUCACACUCGCACCCGCGCACCGUCACAAUCCGUCCACGCCGCCCCGCAUCCACGCCGCAACUCCGCAAUGAAGACGCCCACCCUCCUCUCGCUCCUCUCCCCACGGCGAUGCGUGGCCGCUGCCAAGGCGCGCAGACGGAGCUCGAAGCCAUGCAAACCAUGCAACUCGUGCGUAUCGUGCGUUUCGUGCGUUUCGUGCCCACCGUGCCCACCGUGCCCAGAUUGCAAGCCGUGCAACCCAUGCAACCCGUGCCAACCGAGCAAACCGAGAAACCCGUGCAAGAGCUGCGACCGCCCGUGCAACGUGCGCGACAGCGGCUACACAGUGAUCCCCGAGGAGUAUGUGGGCCAGGCAGGCGAUGUCCCCGCUAGCUGGUGCAAGUGCUGCUUUGAGUGCGUGCUCAUGCAGUCGAUUGAGCUGGAACUGAGGAUGGAGGAUUUAAAGCUGGAGAGGGAGGGGCGAGAGGGGCGAGAGGGGCGAGAGGAUGUCCAGACGGUUAAGAGGAGGAUUACUGAGGCGGGGUGGGUGGAGGUGGAGGUGUAGGUUGGGAUUGGGGUUGUAGGGGGGAAAGGCGAUGGAGGUGGAGUGAUUUGGCGCGUGGGAUGAAGUGUCUAUAGAUGGUGAUGGCUCUGCGAUUUUUGCAAUGAGUGUUGGAAGUUUGGUGUUCUUGUGAUGAUCAAGUAUUGGUCGAGAUGGGAAG